UAUUCACCGGUUUCAAGACUAGGAUGUGGACAUACCCUUGGGAGCCAUUAUCAGCCGACAACAGGAAGUGUCUACGGAGGCCGGGCCGGCGGCUGGGCAGGGGCCGGGCAUGAAGCCGGGCGGCGACCGGAUCGAGGGCGGUGGCGGCGGCGGCGAUGAGCGACAUAGUGGAGAAGACGCUGACGGCGCUGCCGGGACUCUUUUUGCAGAACCAGUCGGUUGGCGGGCCCGCGGGCGUCAAGGCGUCUUUCUCCUCGCGGCUGGGCGGCCUCGUCCGCGGCAUCACCGCGCUAACCUCCAAGCACGAGGAAGAGAAACUAAUCCAGCAGGAACUGAGUAAUCUGAAAGCAACUGUUUCUGCUCCUGCAACAACACUGAAAAUGAUGAAGGAAUGUAUGGUGAGACUUAUAUAUUGUGAAAUGCUUGGAUAUGACGCUUCCUUUGGCUACAUACAUGCAAUCAAGUUGGCACAACAAGGAAACCUUUUAGAAAAAAGAGUAGGUUAUUUGGCUGUUUCUUUAUUUCUACAUGAAAAUCAUGAACUGCUGCUUCUCCUUGUGAAUACAGUUGUGAAGGAUUUGCAGAGCACUAACCUGGUAGAAGUGUGUAUGGCACUUACUAUUGUCAGCCAGAUUUUCCCUCGAGAAAUGAUUCCAGCUGUUCUUCCAUUAAUUGAAGAUAAACUUCAACAUUCUAAAGAGAUUAUACGAAGAAAAGCUGUUCUGGCAUUAUAUAAAUUCCACCUCAUUGCUCCUAAUCAAGUACAGCAUAUUCACAUUAAGUUUCGGAAAGCACUUUGUGACAGAGAUGUUGGGGUCAUGGCUGCUUCUUUGCACAUAUACUUUAGGAUGAUUAAGGAAAAUCCAUCUGGAUAUAAGGACUUGACGGGGAGUUUUGUAACAAUAUUGAAGCAAGUAGUUGGAGGAAAGCUCCCAGUAGAUUUCAAUUACCACAGUGUGCCGGCACCAUGGUUACAAAUCCAGCUCUUGAGAAUACUAGGACUUCUAGGAAAAGAUGAUCAAAGGACAAGUGAAUUAAUGUAUGAUGUUCUUGAUGAAUCCUUACGAAGAGCCGAGCUAAAUCACAAUGUCACAUAUGCUAUUCUGUUUGAAUGUGUACAUACAGUUUAUUCUAUUUAUCCUAAAUCAGAAUUACUUGAGAAGGCUGCCAAGUGCAUUGGAAAAUUUGUUCUGUCACCUAAAAUAAAUCUCAAAUAUUUGGGACUGAAGGCUCUUACCUAUGUUAUCCAACAGGAUCCCACUCUGGCUCUUCAGCACCAGAUGACAAUAAUUGAAUGCUUAGACCAUCCUGAUCCCAUUAUUAAAAGAGAGACUCUGGAGCUUCUUUACAGAAUUACUAAUGCACAGAAUAUAACAGUGAUUGUCCAGAAAAUGCUUGAAUAUUUACAUCAGAGCAAAGAAGAAUAUAUUAUUGUCAAUUUGGUUGGCAAAAUAGCUGAGCUUGCUGAGAAAUAUGCCCCUGAUAAUGCAUGGUUUAUUCAGACAAUGAAUGCUGUGUUUUCAGUGGGAGGAGAUGUCAUGCAUCCUGAUAUUCCCAAUAACUUUAUGCGACUGCUUGCGGAAGGUUUUGAUGAUGAAACAGAAGACCAGCAAUUAAGGCUUUAUGCAGUUCAGUCUUAUCUCACUUUACUAGAUGUGGAAAAUGUGUUCUAUCCACAGAAAUUUCUUCAAGUUAUGAGUUGGGUGUUAGGGGAGUAUUACUACCUCUUAGAUAAGGACACACCAGAGGAAGUCCUAACCAAGCUCUACAAGUUACUUAUGAAUGCCUCGGUUUCUUCAGAAACAAAAGCCUGGUUAAUUGCGGCUGUUACCAAGUUGACAUCCCAAGCACACUCUUCUAACAUAGUUGAGAGAUUAAUCCAGGAAUUCACCAUAUCUUUGGAUACUUGUAUGAGACAGCAUGCAUUUGAAUUAAAACACUUACGUGAGAAUGUGGAACUUAUGAAGAGCUUGCUUCCAGUUGAUAAGAGCUGUGAAGACAUGGUGGUAGAUGCUUCUUUAUCUUUUCUGGAUGGUUUUGUGGCCGAAGAACUUAGUCAGGGGGCAGCACCUUAUAAACCUCACCACCAACGGCAGGAGGAAAAGCUUUCUCAGGAAAAAGUUCUCAAUUUUGAACCAUAUGGACUCUCCUUUUCUUCAUCUGGCUUCACUGGACGACAGUCUCCUGCUGGCAUUUCUCUUGGUUCAGAUAUAUCUGGGAAUAGUGCAGAGACCGGGCUGAAAGAGACAAAUGGCUUGAAGCUAGAAGGUAUAAAGAAACUGUGGGGGAAAGAGGGUUAUCUUCCGAAGAAGGAAGGCAAAACUGGGGAUGAAACUGAAGCUCCACCUGUUCCUCAGGAGAGUAUAAUAAUGGAAACUGUAGACCAGACUUUAAUAAAAAAAGACCAGUGUCAAGUCCUUACCCAGUCUAAAGAGGAGAAAGAAAAGCAGCUGCUGGCAUCAUCAUUAUUUGUUGGGCUAGGAUCAGAAAGUACAGUCAAUUUGCUGGGAAAGGCAGAUACCGUAUCUCACAAAUUCAGAAGGAAAUCAAAAAUCAAGGAAACCAAAAGUGGAGAAACAACCAGUGCUCAUAAUAGGACCUGUUUUCACUUUAGUUCUUCAUCAAAUGCAACAUAUGAAGAUGAUUAUUAUUUGGAUACUUUGCAGGAUAGAGGAGACAAAGAAUUAAAUAAACUUUCUCUCAACUCUGGACUUUUGGAUUCUGAGUCACUCACAGAGCUGCCCUCAGUUGAGAAACUCUCCAGUUGCAAGCUGUCUUCAUCACCUUCUUUGUUUACUGAUAACAGCAUGGAAGGUUUUCAGCCUUCUCAGUCCACUGCACUCUCAGUUGCUAAUGAAACCUCUUUAGCUGCUUCUUUGCUGGAAGAAACUUCUGAACACAUGCAUUCAGAUCUUGUGGAGGUCUGUCAUAAUGAAACCAUAUCAUUGUCUUCUUUCAAAAUUUGGAAAGAUGAUUGUUUAUUCAUGGUCUGGUCAGUUUCUAAUAAGAGUGGUUUGGAAUUGGAAAGUGCUGACUUAGAAAUUGCUCCAGCAGAAAAUUUCAAGAUCACUGAGCAACCUGGAUGCCGCUUGCCUAUAAUAGAAGCAGAAAGCAUCAAAACCUUUCAAUAUAGCGUGCAGGUGGAGAAACCUUUUACAGAAGGGAAUCUUUCUGGUUUUAUAAAUUAUCAGAUGAUGGAUACUCAUUCUGUUCAGCUUGAAUUUUCUGUAAACUUAUCACUAUUAGAUUUCAUUAGACCAUUAAAAAUCUCAACUGAAAACUUUGGCAAACUCUGGUUGUCCUUCGCAAAUGAUGUGAAGCAAAAUAUAAAAGUGUCAGAAUCUCAAGCUGCUCUGCCUUCUGCCCUAAAGACCCUGCAACAGAAACUAAGACUUCAUGUUGUCGAAAUUAUAGGCAAUGAAGGGCUUUUGGCCUGUCAGCUACUGCCAUCCAUCCCCUGCUUGCUGCAUUUUCGAGUUCAUGGUGAUGUAUUAGCCCUGUGGUUCAGAUCCUCCUGCUCUACUCUUCCUGACUGUUUACUGUAUCAGUGUCAAAAGGUGAUGGAGGGAUCCUAGCAGAAGCUCUGCUUAUAUUUUACUCCAUCAGAAU